CCCCGGCUUUAGUCCGUACCCUGCCGCUGCUGUUGCCCUGCGGCCGCCGCCGGGUUUUGCCUCAGACUGUCAGAUAAAGCGGCGGGCCGGGCUGGCCGGGCUGGCCGGCCGGUGAGCACGGCCCGGGCCGGACAUGGCGGCUCUCUAUGCCUGUACCAAGUGCCACCAGCGCUUCCCCUUCGAGGCGCUGUCUCAGGGGCAGCAGCUGUGCAAGGAAUGUCGGAUUGCACAUCCUGUUGUGAAGUGCACCUACUGCAGGACUGAGUACCAGCAGGAGAGUAAAACCAAUACAAUAUGCAAGAAAUGUGCUCAGAAUGUGCAGUUGUAUGGAACACCCAAACCUUGUCAAUAUUGCAACAUUAUUGCAGCAUUUAUUGGCAAUAAAUGCCAGCGUUGUACAAAUUCAGAGAAGAAGUAUGGACCACCAUAUUCUUGUGAACAGUGCAAGCAGCAGUGUGCGUUUGAUAGGAAAGAUGACAGAAAGAAGGUAGAUGGGAAAUUGCUGUGUUGGCUGUGCACACUGUCAUACAAACGUGUCCUUCAGAAGACCAAAGAGCAGAGGAAGCACCUUGGUAGCUCUUCCCGUGCUGGCCACCAGGAGAAGGAGCAGUACAGCCGACUGAGUGGUGGCGGCCACUAUAACAGCCAGAAGACACUUUUGACAUCUUCAAUUCAAAAUGAAAUUCCAAAGAAAAAGUCCAAGUUUGAGUCAAUCACUACCAAUGGAGACAGCUUUUCCCCAGAUCUGGCUCUGGACUCACCAGGCACUGACCACUUUGUCAUCAUUGCCCAACUUAAGGAAGAAGUGGCCACUUUGAAGAAGAUGCUGCAUCAAAAGGAUCAAAUGAUUUUAGAGAAAGAGAAGAAGAUUACGGAGUUGAAAGCUGAUUUUCAGUACCAGGAAUCUCAGAUGAGAGCCAAAAUGAACCAGAUGGAGAAAACCCACAAAGAAGUCACAGAACAAUUGCAGGCUAAAAACCGAGAGCUCCUGAAGCAGGCAGCUGCCUUGUCCAAGAGCAAGAAGUCUGAGAAGUCAGGAGCUAUAACUUCUCCUUGAGAGACCACCAGGAGGCUCCCCAGCAACAGCGUAUGAUGUCCUGGGUUAGGGGUGGAGUCCUGGCUGUCUUGUGGGAAUUGCAAGCUUUCUUAAGAAAUUUCUAUUUUAUUACGGUUAUCCUUCUUUAUGUGAUUGCAGUGAGCUGAAUGGAGAUACCUGGUUUAUGCUGAGUUAUGACCGCAUGCUUGAGUGUUUGGGGUUUUAAUCUCCUCUCUGUCUUCUGUUGCUACUUUUUUUUUUCUUUUUGUGGUGGUCACAACUCAGUGUUAUGUGCAGAAUUUUUUUUUCCCUGUCCAUCAUUGCAUCCUGCCAUACCCAUGAGCAAGUAUUUGGCAUUAAUUACAUAUCACUGCCACCUCUGAACUCUGAAAACUGCCACCUUAAGACUUGGUACAAUGGAAGAGGCUUUCUCUCCAAUAAACUUUUUGCUUCAGGGUAUACUUUGGGUUUUUUUCCAGGUAUAUUAUGUAUGAACUUUGUACUAUGUAUAGCCAGAGUUUUAUUUAUUUUUUAAAAAAGCUUUUUCUUGAUAAAAGAAUAAUGGUAGCGUAGCUAGUUCUUGUUAAUGUGAUGUCUCUUGAAAACAACAGUCCUACUCUCUAGUUUUUAGUAAAAGAAUCAGAUCUUUUCUUUCUUAUUUCCUUAGAGUCUUAAAAACUGAUUGCUAAGGUGAAACAAUUCAAUGACUAAGUAUGUUAAGUGCCUUUUAGAGGAUUUCUUGGAAGAGCAUUUAAAGAGAUACUUAAGGGAGGUAGCAAAGAUUUGAAGAGUCUGUCUUUUUAAGUAAGGGCAGAAAGAAAGGUUGUCCAGGUUGUACUGGACACCCCUCUCCCCCUUUCUUGAUUGUUUUGUGUGUGGUUGAUUUUAAAUUCUCACUGCCACUUUUUUUUUUUAAAAGAUACCCUUUACUUGCUUUUAUCUAUUGUCAUACUGGGCCAUUGUCAGAGAACCUUUUUUUUUUAACAUGAGCAGAUUCAAAAUGGAAAAUAUAUGAACUACAGAGUAUUUUUGGGGUCAGCAUGAGCUGCUCAGUAUGAACUCUUAGUCUGAUUGGGAGAAAUGAUUGUACUGUACCUUCUCAGCACUCCUCACCUACCCCAGCUUGAAUACUCCCUGUUUUUAAUGGAAAUGUAUUGAAAACUGGUGCUUCUCAGAAGUAACUUGGCUGCAGCCAGAAUUGUGUGUGCCCUCUCUUCCCCUUCUUAACCCCACUGUCAGCAGGCACAUGGACUUACUUUUCCAGAAGAGGGAAUAGAUUUGCAUUUCUAGCCAUACUCUCAGGUCCUCUGUGUAAUAUUUGUGAAAUGCGUGGUGUGCCGUAAAACAGUGGAGCCAACUACCUUGGGUUCAUCUAAGUAGGUACUAGAGUUAGAGGUAAUCUGGAGGGAAGAUGGCUUUGUAUCCCAUCCUUCCAAAAUUGUAGCAGUAAGUUUAACUUGCUAGGCAUUUCCUGGAAGCAAAAUGCUCUAUAAUUUGUGAUAGCUUCUCCCAAGUAGAGCCAUGCACCUAAUUGGACAGAGAUGUGGAAAUGGAUGGCUUCCUUUUUGAUAAGAGAAACAAUGGACCAUGUAAUUUUCCCUUGUAAGCAAGGGAAACAGCCAUGCUAAAUAGUUUUGUAACUUUUUGAAUGAAAACCUUUUGGGUAAAGAUCAACUUUCAAAUUAUAUUUUUCAGAUGCGUUUACAUUGACUAUGGGGGAAAGUGAAAAAAUGAGUCAUGGUUUUGUUUUGUCUUUUAAUUUUAGAGAUUGAGAAAUUCUGUUCCAUGAAGUAUGACAAUAUAAAAAUACAUGUUUAGUUUUAUACUAAAUCUUUUUUUUAAGGUCUUGGCAUUUAAAUAAAGCAAAUCCACACAUUUUCUAACUUUCCAUCGGUUCCAAAAAAGGAAGGAAGUGACUUCAGUCUUGAAAUUUUGGUUUUUAAAAAUCAUGACACUGUUUUACCAUGAAAUUGAGUAGGUAACUUUGGUAACCCCUUGUUUCUUUGUAUGUUUGUAAUAAUGGACGUUUUAAAACACAACAGUGUUUAGUUUGUACAGACUUUGACAAACGUCUGUUAAUAAAAAUUCAUAUUGAUUCAA